UGUUCUUUGGACAACAGCUGUUUAGAAGCAUUUGACUUUUUUUUGACUUUGAUACAUUUUCUUAAGCGCAAUUGAAGCGCAGAAAAGAAACAAUGCGUAAUGUGCCGAAAUCCCUCGGUCUCUCGGUCACAACUCCAGGCGGUAGUUCGGGGGCUCCGGACAGCGGACGCCACAACAGCUUGGAGGAUAUCAAUCUGGACCAGUUCCUUAAAACAUCCAACUACGAGGACACUGUGAAGCAGCUGGACAUCUACUAUGGCAUCGUCAAGCGCCAAUUGCUGCGCUACCAGAGUCCGAUUACCGGACUGUUUCCCGUGAUGAGCACCGACCAGGUGGUGGGGUCCGUCCGGGACAGUGUCUACUGUGCCUCCGCCGUGUGGAGCUUGUACCAAGCAUACAGGCGCAUAGACGACGACCGCGGAAAGUCCUAUGAACUGGGCCAGAGCACUGUGAAGUGUAUGCGCGGCAUCCUGGAGUGCUGGGUCAAGCAGGCAUCGCGGGUAGAGCUUUUCAAGCAGCGCCAGUCUAACCAGCAUGCACUGCACAGCAAGUUCCAACUGCACACCGGCGAGAAAAUAUACCCUGAUGAGUUUUACAACCACCUGCAGAUUGAUUGCGUAUCUCUCUAUCUGCUGUUCCUCGUCCAGAUGAUAACCUCUGGCCUGCAGAUCAUUUACACCCACGACGAGGUGGCUUUUGUCCAGAAUCUCGUGUACUAUGUCGAGCGUGCCUAUCGUACGCCUGACUUUGGAAUGUGGGAGCGGGGAUCCAAGUAUAACAAUGGUACCCCUGAGAUCCAUGCCUCUUCCAUUGGAAUGGCCAAGUCCGCCUUGGAGGCCAUAAAUGGAUGCAAUCUGUUCGGCGAGAAAGGAGCUUCGUGGAGCGUUGUCUAUGUGGACAUUGAUGCCCACAACCGCAAUCGAAGUAUUUUUGAAACCAUGCUGCCCAGGGAGUCCAGCUCAAAGGGAGUGGAUGCCUCACUGCUGCUCACACUUUCCUUCCCAGCUUUUGCUUCGCACGAAGACCGCCUGGUGGAGCAAACCAAACAGAAUGUUGUAAAUCGUUUGCGCUGCAAAAUGGGCUUUAAACGCUUUACGCGCGAUGGUUUCCUUAGCAAAAACGAGGAUAAAUCACGUCGCUAUUAUCACUCUGGGGAGUUAAAGGAAUUCGAAGGCCUGGAGUGCGAAUGGCCGCUCUUUUUCAUAGCAAUGAUAAUCGAUGGCGUAUUCAAAAACAACAACGAGCAGAUCGAAGAGUUUCAGAACGAUCUGCGCCGCUGUUUGCGCACUGACGUUAACGGCGAUCCCGUGGUGACGAUGUACUACGCCCCGGAUGGAGAAGGUUCCUACAUGCGUGCUCCAUCGCAGUCGCUGUUCCUCUGGGGCCAAUCCUUUUUCAUCAUUGCCCAGCUGCUGACCGCAGGACUGCUGCACAUCAACGAAUUGGAUCCAAUUCGCCGCUACUUGCCAAGCUAUAAUCGUCCCAGAAGGGCGGGUCGGUAUUCAGCUUUCCAGGGAAAAGCUAUUGACGAUAAACACCAUGCUAAACCGGGCACUGGCACUGCCACUGAUCUUGUGGUGCAAAUUGUCCUCAUUGCCGAGUCUAUGCGACUGCAGGCCAUGAUGGCCACCUAUGGCAUUCAGACUCAGACUCCACAUGAGGUGGAACCUGUGCAAAUAUGGAGCUCCACUGAGCUCAUCAAAGUCUAUCAACACCUCGGAGUCAACAAUAAAGUUGGCUUAUCCGGUCGCCCAUCGCGACCCGUAGGAUCCUUGGGCACCAGCAAAGUUUAUCGUAUCUGCGGCAUGACCGUGCUCUGCUACCCACUGAUCUUUGAGGUCUCCGACUUUUAUCUCUACCGAGACAUGGCUCUGCUCAUAGAUGACAUCAAGACGGAACUGCAGUUUGUGGGAAAAUAUUGGCGUUUGUCGGGUAGACCCACAGUGUGCCUGCUUAUCCGUGAGGAGCACAUGCGGGAUCCGCAGUUCAAGGAGAUGCUUGACCUGUUGGCCAUGCUUAAAAAGGGUUACUGCGAUGGAAUGAAAGUGCGCAUUGGUCGUCUACAGAAUCUGAUUAGCAGUUCUUGCAUCGAGCAUCUGGAUUUUAUGAACCAGAGCGAUCUGACCGACAACGAGAAUGCAUUCUCGCAAAUAAACCAUGAGUACAUUGGCUAUCAAUCUCUGACAGAUGUUCCCAAAGCAUUGACUUAUGUUGAAGAAAAGAUUUCUGUGGCGCACUUUGAUACCAAACCCACGCCGGACAUCAUAAAUGCACUGCGCAACACCGAUUCCAUCUACUGUUUGUGCCAAUUGUGGGGUAUUAUCCUCAAUCGCGAGGGUCCGCACUUCGAGGUUAAUGGCUUGAAUGUAAACACGGCUUUGACGCAGCUCUAUCAUCGAGCUGGAUCCUUGCGCUAUUGGCGUGCUGUGCGAUACUGCUCCUCUCUCCUUCACCACAUUGUGGACUCCAUCAGUCCAUUUAUCACCACUGUGCUGGUAAAUGGCAAGGAACUUACCGUGGGCAUUAUUGGCCAAAAGGAGACGGUGUUUGACAAACCUAUGACGCCGGCGGAGAUUCAAAAUGUCAUGUACACGAGUGUCCAGCCCUACGAUGUCAUCCAGGCGGUGUUGCAGCAAGAAGUUGUUUUGUACUGUGGCCGUUUGAUAGCUACCAAUCCAUCCAUGUUCCGGGGAAUACUUAAAAUUCGGAUUGGCUGGGUGCUGGAGGCCAUGCGCAUCUAUCUGAAAAUCUCAGGUCAACAGAGCAUCGAUGUGGACAAUCUCUCGCCUUUCCAAGUCCGCAUACUUUUGCAGAAAGUUCUUACUGUAAGCGAGUGGGCUGCAGAGGAGAAGCUUACCACCCUGCAACGCCGACAAUUGGAGGGCUGCUUGUGCCGUGUGCCAAAACAUUUUUACAACAAAAUCUGGGAGAUCCUGCAGCGCACCCCUCAAGGCAUUCUAACCCAGGGUCAUCACCUGCCAGCCACGCCAACAUUAACUAAUAUGAGCCGUGGCGAGCUGACCUUUAAUCUGCUGGUUGAGGAGACUCUGAUCUGCAUUGACCGUCCAGAAAGGCGCCAAAUAACCGUUGAAUUGCUGUGCAUUGUGGCUACCAUUCUUAAUCGCAAUCCUGAGCUGCACUUCAAACAAGCUCUUGACUUGGACGGCAUCUUGGCGGAGGCGUUUGCAAUGUACUGCAAGGACAACAAUAUACAGCACCAGCCGGACCCUCAGCAAACGAAAAAAGAGGAUCUCAAGGCUUUCUACUCGCUGCCAUAUUCGGAGACCACUGGCUAUUUGGCUCGUGCCGCAGUCAACAAGGUUUUGCAAGGAGGCAUCUUCUCCACGACCGAGGAGGAUGUUCAGCUUGAUGGCGAUCGCUUGCACGACGACAACUGCAAGGUGUCCUAAACAGAGGGAGCCGAACAGAAGAUUAUGUACAUAGCACAGUUUGGCAUAUCCUCGUUGCACUGACCCACCACUAGCUCGAAUUUUGUGGCUAUUUUACUCUGUUGUUCUUAUUUAAUUUGUCUCUCUCUGUGUCCCUCGCCGUUCGCCUAGUUCUUAAUUAAAUGUUAUGUAUAUUUUGUUGCAAUAA